GGAGUGAGCAGAGAGGGGGUGAGGCGGUCUAUACAGCGUUCACUUUUCCUUUCGGCGACGGAACAAACCCACAGCAUCCAGACACCGGGACACACUUAGGAAUGAUGCCACUCGCAGACCGAUUCAACUAAUUGUUGCUUUUGAUACGAAAAUCUCCCUCCCUACCCCCACCUCUCUCCUGCGGGCUUCCAAUACAUUUCUGCAGCAACCUUUCCUGCUGAUCCCCCCUCUUUCCCCUCCUCACCCCCACUCCCCGGUUGCAUUGAGAGGUGCCAUCGUCGGAACCAAAGCGUGCAUGCAUGGGCUCAUCUGAGCUCCUUGCGCAGCACCUUGGAGCCACUGCGUCUGUCUUUCGUGCGCAUGGAAUAAAGGGGACAUUUUUUGGCGGUCCAGAUGUCAGUUUCUUCAAAAAAAGAAAGAGGCAGCAGCAGCCCGUGAGGAAAAGCUGAUGUGCAACCGAAGGAUUCGGAACCGAGCUGGUCAGACGCGGAGCUGUUCACCUGGAAUAUCAGAACCUCUCCAAUGACACGCAGCUGCAUCAACUUAUCAACACUGUUGCAUGUUGCUUGCAAGCUCCGCCGUAUAGAUUUAUAGCAAGUCCUGUCGGUGCAACAAAGUUCUCACCACACGAAGAUGCAACCCGAAUCUCAAUGAUGUUCCGGACUCCGAGUUCUUUAUCACAAUGACAUUUGGUUGAAACGUUUCUGGACCGACACUCAGAAUCUACCGUGCCUUUUUUGCAUCAGAAUUCUUCACCGGCUCCAGCCUCAGCCGAACCAUACCCUUGGUGUUUUUUUAAAGACUCGGUUCUGGGAGAUGGCUGCGAUCGCCAGCUCUCUGAUCCGCCAGAAGCGCCAGGCGAGGGAAUCGAAUAGCGACCGGGUGUCCACGUCCAAGCGUCGGCCCAGCCCCAGUAAGGACCCCCGCUCUCUGUGCGAGAGACAUUUUUUGGGGGUCUUCAGCAAAGUGCGUUUCUGCAGCGGCAAGAAAAGACCCGUGCGUCGGCGACCAGAUGCACCUUCGAAACCUCCACAGGUGUCCCAUAAGGGCUGCAGGCUAGAGCCGCAGCUGAAAGGCAUCGUGACACGACUGUUCAGCCAGCAGGGCUUCUACCUGCAGAUGCAACCGGAUGGAACCAUCGAUGGCAGCAAGGACGAGAACAGCGACAACACCCUGUUUAAUCUUAUUCCUGUGGGUUUGAGAGUGGUGGCCAUCCAGGGAGUGAAGAGUGGCUUCUACAUUGGCAUGAACGGCGAGGGCAUGCUCUAUAGUUCGGAAAUGUUCACACCCGAGUGCAAGUUCAAGGAGUCGGUUUUCGAGAACUACUACGUGAUCUACUCGUCCACUGUGUACCGACAGCAGGAGUCGGGCCGGGCCUGGUUCCUCGGCCUCACCAAGGAGGGGCAAGUCAUGAAAGGCAACCGGGUCAAAAAGACCAAGCCCUCGUCGCACUUCGUACCAAGGCCCAUUGAAGUUUGUAUGUACCGUGAGCCGUCGCUGCAUGAGAUUGAGGACAAGCACCGCUCCAGGAAGAGCUCAGGGACGCCCACCAUGAACGGAGGUAAAGCAGUCAACCAGGACUCUACAUAGCAGCGGAAGGGAGGGGCUUCCACUGAGGGGCGUGGCCUGAACCUCACCUCAAAGAGAAUGGCCUUAGGCAAAACUUCCUGCCCCCUCAAAAGUGUGCACCAUCGCUUCCUCUCGGAAAUAGAGGCGGCGCGUGACGACCAAGGAGCUACUACAGUACACUCAAGACGAAACAAACACUGAACUCGCCUGUGAAAACUUUUAGAAGAAUUAAUAUGAAACCAGAGGAAAACAAUAUAUCUAUAUAAACAUUUUCAAUCAGGACUUGAUCAGUAUUUUAUGCAAAACAGAGAAAAAGCUGUGACACACGGAAAUGGAGGUCUCUCUUCACAAAAAUAUCUCAUUUACAUUUGAUGCUGUGAAAACAAAGCUUUAAUACGUGUUCACUUUUCAUAGGUGCAGUACUUUUCAAAUGCUCUGUGGUGUUACGUUUGCAGAUAAUAACGAUUCCAUCCACACACCAAUGUGCUGUUAAGCUAACCGUGACCAUCAUGACUUUUUUUUUUCUCUCUGUGGGACUAAAUGACAUGUUUUAUCAUUCUUAAAUUUCCUCAUGGAUUAAUCUUGAAUCACACUACCUGAUCUGGUGUGAGGGGAAUGUACUUGGCGGUGAUCGACACUGGGAGUGCUUAAGAUGGGAUGUCAUUUACUCAGGUGUGUACUGUAUGUGUGACGGGACGAGGCCGGCGUCAGAAGCAAUAUAAUAGAGCCCAGUCUAGUCUUUAGGUUCUAUUACUAGCAAGUUUAAAACCCGUCUGUGGGUGUCUGUACUGUAGAGACGACUGAAUGAAAGAUUCAAUGAACAUCUGCUUAGAUUUAAGUUGAAUGUCGGGGAAAGAGUGUUCUCCUUCCAAAAGGGAGCGACCAGCAUCAGCACGAUGAGCCAUUUGCAAGGAACUCAACAUGCUGAAUCACAGAACACACCUUGUUUCAAUAAGAAAACUGUGAUUUUAUUGUGAAAACACUGGUGGUGCCUGAGAGCCCAAUGGAGGCGGAUGCAUUUCUGGCAUUGUGGCCAUUGAAGUGUGGGCGGGGGGCGGGGUUGAACUUGUCUUUGCAGAGAGUGAAUUGGCUGCUUUGUGGUAUAAUGCGGUGUACGCUACAUUGCCGAUUCCCAGGUCGUCUUACUCAGGAAGUGUAUUCCAUCCAUUAAAGCGCCAGAUGUAAAGACUGGCCGUCUGCUUGUUCAGUUGCCAUUGCACAACGAUGUCCACGUGAACUCAAUGACUUUAUUAGGUGGUGUACAGACGCAGUACAACUUGUCAGACUAGUCGGUAGUCAAGCAUGAGCACUGCAUGAUUGUUAAAGAAGGGGGGAUUGAUGUUGUGCAGUGUGAGAGCCUGUCUCUCAAGAAUUUAGUAGACUUAUAUAAAAAAAAAAAUGUAUGAAAAUUAUGUUAGGGACACACUGAUAAGGAAAAAAGGCAACAUUUGAGAAAAGUUAAUGUUAGAAGAAUAAUGUACAUAUUCAUCAUCAGGGCCGUCUGUUACACUUGCAUUUACAUUUGUGUGAGGAAAAAAAAAUUGGACUUUGAUUCGUUAAAAUUACAGCUUAAUUCUCCUAAUAUUACAAGGGUUUUUUUUUCACGGAAAAUUACGACUUAAUCUCAUAAUAUUACAAUAUAGAUUUGGUGUUGUUAUGAUCUUUUUCUCAUUUCUUAUGACUUUUUUUUUAUUGUAACAUAUGACGUAAUUCUCGUAGCAUUAUGACAUAACUGUAACUUUUUCUUGAGUGUUCUCGCAACUUUAUGAUUUUACGUUAUAUUCCGAUAUUCCGAUUAUAUAUUUGUAACGUACGCAUUUUUUUCGGAUAACAUCACAACUUUUUUUUUUUCUUAUGAGUUUUCUUUAAUUAUGCUGACUUUUUUCUUGUAAAAAUGCGACAGUAUUCGUGUAACAUUGUGACCGUAAUCCUUGUCGUCAUAACAUGACUUUAUUCUGACAGUGGUCAUUUUUUUUAUUUUUAUUUUUUCAAUUUGUUUUCUAACUAUUCUUGAAAUAUCAUGCCUUUUUUCUUGUGAAACUCAAGUUGCGUAACAAGACUUUAUUCUGAUAACAUUAUGGCUUUCUUCUUGUAACUUUUUUCUCCUGAAAAAAUACCUCAUUUGUGUGUAUUGCAAUUUUAUUUGCGUAACAUUUAGAUGUCCAUAAUGACCAAUGCUAACUUCUUGCGACUCUUCUCAAAAUAAAGGUUUUUCCUUGUAAAAAUAAAGCUUUAAACAUUCUGACUUUAAUCUUGUAAUAUUACGACCACGCUAACGUUACAAUUUUGUUUGCAUAACAUUGAAACCUUAUUCUGCCAAUAUUACGUCUUUUUUCCCCUUGUGAUUAUUGUCAAAAUAUUGCUACUUUUUGUUGUAAUGUAAUGAAGAAAUCUUAUUUUUACAACUUUAUCUCAUAACAGUGGAAAAUCUUUUCUUGGAACAGCGCGACUUUCAUAUUCGAACAUUACAUUUACAUUCUUAUAAACCAUACGACACGACUUGCAAAACCUUGAGUCCGUAUUCUGAUAACUUUUUUCGUGUUGCAUUACGACUUCAAUCUUGCAGUUUUACGCCUGUACAACCAUUUUGCAACCGUGGCAAGUUUAUUCGCAUAACAUAGACACCAUCACGACUUCGUUCUUGUGACUUUUCUUUAAUGGUUGCAACAUUUUUCCUGUAAUGCGACGAUAAUAAAGUCCGAUUUUUCCAACUUGAAUCUCGUAACAGUACCAUUCCUGUAACAUUACCACUUUUUUCAUGUGACUAUAAACAGUCACAUGUUCCCCCUAUCAAAAUACAACUUUAUUCUUCCAACAUUAUGACUAUUCUCAACAGUCCGACUUUAAGCUCAUAAAAUAUGAUAUUCUCGAUAGACGGUACUCUUUUGUUGGGACUACAUUUGCUUGGUAUUGCGGCUAUAACUUUAUUCUUUUCACAUUGACAUUAUUCUCAAAAAACAAGAUAUUUACAUCCGUAAUAUUUGGGGGGGGGGAUGUUUUUUUCAUAAGUUUACCACUUUUCUUUCACCGUGGCCCUGCUACUUCUUUGUUAAGUAAUCCAGUCAUAUUUUAUGACUCUUGUUUAUCUGAAAUGCACUCCAAUUCGAUCAUAUAGUGCUUACCUUUCCAUUCAGUUCCCUACUAAAUUCUUGUGAGAAAACUUUGCAAGCCAAUGGCACAGUUGCAGAGGUGGAAGCCCAGUCAUUUUGGAUGCGUUUUGGAAGGUUCAUGUUGGUCCUUGGUUCAUUAAUUCCAACACACACACACCGUAUACUGUAUAUAUAAAUAUACAUAUACAGUAAAUAUAUAAAUAUACAUGAAUAUCUUUUAUACAGAGGUUUAUAUUGGUGCAAAGUUAAAGUGAUGCAUGUCAUUGGAUGUACUCUUUGUCAACAGUUGACAGCAGAAUGAGAGGAUUUGUGAGGUGAAAAAAACAGAAAUCUUACAAGGAUUUGUUGAUGGAUGAACGGGUGAAGAGAGGCUUUUAUUGUGCGUGAUAUUUAAUUAGUUAUUUUUUAUGUUUUGCAGAUUUCACUGCAUCGGAACACAUCCAUAUAUGCACUAUGAAUUGUGAGAUGACAAAAAAUAUGCAUUGAUAAAAACAAAAAAAAUCUGAAUGAAGUUAGUGAUUGUUUAAGAAUAAAAAUGAUGUGAACAAAAAGCACCCUGUGAUUGAUUUGCUCCAAAUGAUGACUGGCAGUUGUUGUGUUGUGUGUCCUGCAUCCGUCAACCUCCAGCUUCUAAGGAGGCUCGCAUUCCCAAAAUCCAAUCCCUUUUUUUGCCUCUAUCAAUUCACCCCCGGAGUGAUUUACAGUCUUGCUAUCCCCUUA